GCAGGGUUUGACUGACAAGAGGAUGUAGUCUUUGCUGAGAGCACUUUCUUUAAGGUCCUUUUUAGUCUUCAGGAACAUUUAAGUAGAUGAAUGAAGAGAGGAUUUAAGCUAGUUUCCCUGCAUUUUUGUUAACUUUGCCUGUUUUUUUUGUAACUUUUAUCUUCCGCAACAAAAUCUUUUCAGCUCAUCGGGCUUACUGAAUAUAUAAUCGCAAGCUGAUUCCAGCCUAUGGAGAAGUGCACAUAAGAAUAGGAUAAAUAUGGCUUUUAAGGGCGAGGACCACUUAGAUUCCCUUCCGUUACCGGUUCAGCGCAUGCAUUUAAUUCAAGUGGACUCUGUUCAGCGAUGGAUGGAAGAUUUGAAGUUGAUGACAGACUGUGAAUGUAUGUGUAUUCUCCAGUCCAAGCCAAUCAGCAUUGAGAAGGAUGAACAAAAUGAACUUCUCCUUUCCUCACAAUAUAGCACAUGUGAUAACUUACAGCUGAUAUUAAAAAGGGCUUGGAUCAUAAGCACAGAAUUGACCAGAAUUGCUCAAAAGCUGGAGAAGAAUAGAUGGCAGAGAGUCCACAGCAUGACAGUAAGAGUCAACUGCCAUGUACGUUCAAUGAUAAAUGAAUACAAUACAUUCACUAUGAAUUCUUCAGAAGAAAUGCACCAGUUUGAAAAACUCUUAAUAGACAAGUGUUCAGAAUUUACAGCAUUCACAGAAAGGUGCAUACAAACUGAAGAUGAACAAGCACUGAAGUCCAUGAAAUCUUGUAUUAAUGAAACACUCACCACUGUUGCUCAGUAUUUUGGCCAGUUAAUAGAGCUGGUUUUAGCACAUGAGGCACAGAACCUGCUGAGACAAAUAGAAUUGUCGGAUAGCGUGUACAUCACUGAGUCAGCGAUUAGUAGUUUAUUCAGCCUUACCCAGGAAGGUGCUCAUCUGUGCCGUAUUAUAGCUAAGGAAGGAGGUGUCGUCACCCUCUUUAAGAUCUGUCGCCAGGAUUGUUUCAGGUGCCUUUAUCCCCAGACACUGAGAACGUUGGCAUCCAUUUGCUGUGUAGAGGAAGGGAUGCACCAGCUGGAAAAGGUUGAUGGGAUACUGUGCCUGGCCGACAUUCUUACUGAUAACACCCAUUCUGAAGCUACUCAUGCAGAAGCCGCGGCAGUAAUUGCACAGAUCACAUCUCCACAUCUCACAUUCACUCAGCAUCUGAGCAGCUUUCUGGAAAAUAUGGAAGAAAUUGUAACAGCACUUGUCAAACUGUGCCAAGAAGCCUCGUCUGGUGAAGUUUUCCUGCUGGCUUCAGCAGCUCUUGCCAACAUUACUUUCUUUGAUAACAUGGCUUGUGAAAUAUUACUCCAGUUAAAUGCAAUGAAGAUUCUUCUAGCAGCAUGUUCAGACAAACACAUAGUGGAUACACCAUAUUCCCGAGAUCAGGUGAUAACAAUAUUGGCAAACAUGUCUGUCUUGGACCAGUGUGCUUCAGAAAUCAUUCAAGGAAAUGGUGUUCAGCUUUUAAUAGAAAUGCUCUUUGAAAGAUCAUCUUCGGGAAAUUCAGCUGAAGUUGCUGCUUGUGAGCGAGUCCAACAGAAAUCUGCAGUUACGCUGGCCCGGCUCAGCCGAGAUCCUGAAGUGGCAGAUGCAGCCGUAAAACUCAGCUGUAUUCCUCGCCUAAUCAAACUUUGCAGAUCUCCCACUGAAAGAAAUAACAGUGAUUCUGUUUUAGUGGCAUGUCUGGCAGCCUUACGGAGACUAGCAGUUAUAAGUCCUGAUGGACUUGAAGAUUCAGAUUUUCAGCAACUAGUAAAGCCCAGACUUGUGGAUUCCUUUCUGCUAUGCACAAAUAUGGAAGAGAGCUUUGUAUAAAUGUGAGCCAAAAACCUUUGAAAAAUAAUCAAGAUGAAAGGGAGAAGAAUCAGUGUGUUCUUCAGAAAACUUCAGACAAAGCAUAGGUAUAAUAGUCUACUUCCAGGUAUUGGUACUUUUACAAGCAGAUUUGAUAACUGAGAGUUUACAAAUUGAUCGGUCCACUGCCAAUAAUCACUGAAUCAAAGUAAUAAAGGAAAACCACUAGAUCGACAGAGAAAACACGGGGAAACCAGAGAUUUUUCUCUUUCCUUUUUGACAGCCAAUCAAUGACUUUGUUUUAAUAAUUCAACUGUGCCUUGAACUCAAUGGAACCUAUGGGAAACCAGUGGCAAACAAACAAAAAAUGUAGUAGGUAAUUUUACUAAUUUGCUUUAGAGAGAAAACAAAAAGGAUAAAAAGGCUUAAAUGGUGUGAAAAAGGUGUGUCUAGCCCGGUACCUUUUCCAUCACUGUUGUGAUCACCUGUGUCACAAAUGUCUAAAUGAAAGGUACACCGUUUGUAUUCUUUUCUUCAAGCUUUCUGCAUAUUGCCACUGUCUUUUAAUGACCUUUUGUCCAUGUCCUCCACAAUCUUUAGAAUGUGACCUAACGAUGCACACAUCUUCAAAGUAACUUACUGAUUUUGGUAAAUAAUUAUGGAAUGGGCCCAAAUGAUCUAGGGGAGCCAUCUUUGAAGCCAUGGUAAGUCAAUGUGCCUGCACUGCAGUAAAGAAAAGCCAGAGCUAAUGCUUAGGUUUCAAGAUUCUUGCUAGAAUUAGAACUGUAGAGGUCUAACACAUAAAAUUAAACAAAAUCUCGCAAUAUGAAGCUGAUUAUAAGUGACUUAUAAAAUUUCAUUAUAAACAUGAACAUUUAUGGGGUAUACUUUGUACAUUAAGUGAAGUGCUUGUUUAUACAUGCUGGCUUCCAUUUCCAAAGAUAAAAUGACUUUUGUCAUGGCUCUUUACUUUUGUACUGCUUAAGUAUUAAAAAGGCCACACUUUUUUUCAGAGCCGUAAUUAUUACAAAUUAGUGAUUUCAAAAGUUUACCCUGUCUUUAGGGAUGGAUAAACACGGAAGUGACUAAAUACCAUGAAGCCAAUCAUCUACACUUGUGUCUCAUCCUUAAAAGAGCAAAACUUUAUGGAAUGAGAUAGAGUAAUUAUUGGUUUAGAACAUCUGGAGUAGAAGUAAUCUACUGUGCUUUACUCUAGAGGAGAAUUCUCGUCUGUUUUAAAGUUCAGUUCUGCAAGUAUCAUCCAUAUCAGGAAUUUAGGCACUUUCUAUAGACCACAGAAAGAAAUGGACUAUUCUUUCUCUUUGAGGAUGACUGCCCAGGAUAUUAUACAUAAUACCAUGGAACUGCCUAUUUUUUUUUCCCCGAGUGGCCAUGGAAAACAGUGCCAAUGAUUUGUUUGGAGGAGCCGUCUAAAGACCUCAAUGUUCAGAUCUUGUGAGACGAAUCCCAGACUCAGUCUGGAGACAAAAGGAAGGCACUUUUUCAGCUGUGGUUUUAUGUGUUGUUCAUGUACCAAACACAAUUCCCACCAAACCAGAAAUUUUUGCAAUGUCAGACUCUCUGUUUGAAAUGACUAACUGAGACAUUAUCUUCUCGUUUGGUGUACACUAGAUGGUGGGUCCUUUUUGGCAGUGUUGUAAAACAAGGAAUAGCUGUACUAACUCAUCAAACUCAGAAUAUUAUACCAGAUUAUACACUGUUAUUAGAGAAAAAUCUCUUGUAUUUAAAGAGAGCGGUAAAGAAAACAUGUCACAGGACACUAACUCAGAGUGGUCUCCAAAGUGAGCUAUCCGGGACAAUAUGUGGAAUACCAUUGAGCUCGUAAAUAGCAUUGCACAUGUCAGGAAAGCUACUGCUCACCAGAAAAGAAGAAAAUACGACUCCAAGCCUGCAUCCCUUCUUUCCCCAAAAGUAGUAAGCUGAGCUAUAAGGAGAAAAAAAUUCCUCUUACAUUUCUAACUUUGUUUUAGAAUGGUGUUGUAUGGUUAUUAUCUUGUUUUUACCUGUGAAGUUGUCAUCUUUGGCUUUACUUGUAUUAAAGUUUUCAUUAUAA